AUGACAGCAGGAGAAGAUAGUGAUUUUUACGUGCGCUACUAUGUGGGUCAUAUGGGAAAAUUUGGACAUGAAUUCCUCGAGUUUGAGUUUCGACCAGAUGGAAAAAUGAGAUAUGCCAACAACUCCAACUACAAGAAUGAUACUAUGAUCCGAAAAGAAGUGUUUACUAGCGCAUCAGUUAUGAGUGAGCUUAGAAGGAUCAUUAAGGAUAGCGAGAUCACAAAAGAAGAUGAUCAAAAAUGGCCAGAGCCGGACCGUGCAGGACGUCAAGAGCUUGAAAUUGUCAUUGGAGAUGAACAUAUUUCAUUUACAACUGCCAAAAUUGGCUCAUUGGUGGACGUUCAAAAGAGCGAUGAUCCAGAAGGUCUCCGUGUAUUUUAUUAUCUCAUUCAAGACAUCAAAUGUCUAGUAUUUUCGUUGAUUUCUUUACACUUCAAGAUCAAGCCAAUAUAA